GCGACCUUAUAAGACGCCUCACAGUCGUAAAUCGCCCGCGUACCGUUUUUAUACUACAGCAUCACAAUAGUAUAUUAAUAUAAUAUUAUUAUAUUGAACACAUCGUAAUAAUUAUAUAGGUAAAGUCUAUUAUAUGCAUGCCAUCGUCGUUGCAACCGCUUCGCCACGUGUCCGAUCACAAAGAUAAAAAUAACAUAACUAAUUGUACGGCCCGACGAGAUAAUAGUGAUUUUAAAUAGUAGUUAUCGCACCUGCACGAUGACGGUGUUUACUAAUGCCCCGUCAGCCGAGCAACUAUAUAUAAUAUUAUAAUCCGAAGAACUAUACCGUCGUCUUCUGCUGCUGGCGACCGGCGGAUGUAUAUUUGAAAUGCGUGGUCCGCCGAUGCUAUAAUAAUCACCCUCUAUCAGAACACACCGACGCCGAACCGUCGAAAUCUCAUUAUAACUGACAAGUGUUACGUACACCGACAUAGGUACUGUUUAUUUUUUAUACAUACGCAUCGAAAUCGUUAUCAUUUGAGACGAGACAACAACGAAAAAAAGGAUUACGUCAUAUAAUAUCUCUUCCAAGGACGAAUUCCUGAAACCGCGGUCGUUUCGGUUUUUGAUUCAUCGCACCGUGAAAGGACGCACGACAUUCGAGAAUAUCGAUCACCGCACCACCACCAUCACCUCCCCACCAAUCGCCAUGGAGGACAUUGCGCUGGGACCAUCGGCGACCCUGCCACAGCCGCAGGCCAAGGAUGAGGUUUGCAUCGAGAUCAGGGACGCCGUGAAGAUAUAUGACAGGAACAACGUGGUGUUCAGGGGUUUGAACAUGACCGUGCCCAAGGGUAAAAUCUAUGGACUUUUGGGACCAAGUGGAUGUGGUAAAACAACGCUUUUAAGCUGCAUAGUCGGUAGAAGUGAAUUGGACUCUGGUCACAUAAUGGUGAAGGCGUUUAAAAGAGAAGAUAUCGGAUAUAUGCCACAAGAUUUAAAUUUACACGAACAUUUAACAAUAGCACAAACGUAUAAGUUUUAUGGUGUUAUGCUUAACAUGGAUAAAGAACAAAUCGCAAAAAGGACCAAAGAAUUAUCAUUACUAUUGGAACUUCCAUCUGAUAAUAGAUUGGUUGAAACGCUUAGUGGCGGACAACAAAGAAGAGUGUCAUUAGGGGUUGCUCUUUUGCAUAAUCCAAAUAUUUUAAUAUUAGAUGAACCUACUGUCGGAUUAGAUCCAGUUCUAAGUCAUAGUAUAUGGAACCAUUUGGUAUCCUUCGCCGAGAGAGGAAAAACAAUAAUCAUCACGACACAUUAUAUUGAAGAAGCGAGACAAGCUCAUACAAUCGGAAUGAUGAGGGGGGGAAUUUUAUUGGCUGAAGAUUCACCAGAAACUUUAAUAGCACGAUGUAAUUCAGCUACUUUAGAAGAAGCCUUCUUGACACUAAGUUAUAAACAAGAAACAUCUUCAAAUACCCAGGUUAAUGAUUCAUUCAAAAAGUUAGCUGCCAAAAAAUGCAGCACAAAAUUAAAAUUUGAUGACGGGUUCUUCCGAUUAAACCGAAUGAGUUGUCUCUUAUACAAAAAUGUAUCGUUGCUUCUUCAGCAAAAGAUGUUUUUACUUUUUCUGUUUCUACUGCCUCUAGUGCAAACUUAUUUUUUUAACCUAGCAAUUGGUCAUGAUCCCAAAGGGCUAUACAUUGCGGUGGUGAAUAAAGAAAUGCAACAAAGACAACCUGGAGAAUGUAAACCUGAAUACUACAAAGGAUGUUUCCUCGAUAAUCCUGAUGACGUAAUAAUGAGUUGUGCAUAUGUCGAUCAAAUAAAAACUAAAUCAAUGAAUAUUUUAUAUUACGACGAUGUCGAUACCGCUUUAAAAGCAGUAAGGAAGAACGAUGCUUGGGGUUUACUAUAUUUCCCUACUAAUUAUACAACAUCCAUAGCUGUACGUUUCGUAAACGCCUCUAGGACUUCAGACUUGGACGUAGAACUAAGUACUGUACAGGCUUGGAUAGACUUGUCUGAUCAAUACAUUGGGAAUAUGGUAAAAGCAAACGUUAUUUUUGGUAUGCAAGAGUACUUGGGUGUAGCAUUGACUAAAUGUAAUGUUAGCACUAAAAUUGGAAACACUCCUAUAUCGUUUAAAGAACCAGUAUAUGGCUCGGUAAAUACAACUUUCAUUCACUACGCUUCGGCAGCUAUACUAUGUCUGUGUUGUUACUAUUUGCCGGUACUGUUGACAGCGGGUUUGAUUUUAACAGAGAAAAAAGAGGGCAUGAUGGAAAGGAUGAUGGUUUCUGGUAUUAAAUUCCCCGAAGUUUUAAUGUCUACAGUCAUAAUGCAAAUGAUAAUACACGCUAUACAAACGGCCAUAUCCAUGUAUGUGAUGUACAUAUACUUUGACAAUCCUUAUAUUGGAGAUCAUUUUCCCACAGUUCUUAUACUCAUACUCCUAGGAAUGGAAGGAAUGAUUUUCGGUUUCUUUAUUGGUGCCAUAUGCAAAGAUUUCAUAUUUGCCGCGUACUUAGGCACUGGCAGUAACAUAAUGAUGUCUUUCACUUGCGGAUUGAUAUGGCCUUUGGAAGGUGCACAUUACCUACUGAGAUUAACUGGUCCUCUGUUUCCAUUGACUGCACCGGUCAAGGCUUUGCUGGCCGUAACUGCAAAGGGCUGGUCCUUCGACUCUGAGCCUGUCUACAUGGGACUACUAUCCAUAUUUGGUUGGUCAAGUAUUAUGAUCUUAGCCAUAUUCAUCACUAGCAGAAUAAACAAAGAUCUAUGGAUCUUGAGAAAAUAG